UGUUGGGAAUUACUAACAAAUCCAGCCUCUCUCUGGCGUAACAUGAUGUCAAUGCAGCCUUUGUGUGUUUAGGUCACCAUGGAGACUUCAAAGCAGCUUCUGGGGCCCCAGUGUGUCUGCAGCCAGGGCCAAAACACUGAGCAAACCGGCCCGCACCGGAGCUGUGUACGUCAGGCUGUCCAAGCAUGAAUGCAGUUGAAAACCUUGGCAUUUUCAGUUCAGCACUAAGAUGUUUGCUCUGUCUGAGCUGUGGUCGGGUGGCGAGCGUCAGGGCAGCUAUAAGCUCCUAAAACCAUGGUGGGAGGUCUUCAUGGACUACCUGCUAGUGCUAAUGCUAAUGGUGUCCAUCCUCGCCGGGACUCUCCUGCUGUCCCGGGACGGAGUAGUGUGUGUUCCUGUGCACUCGUUCCCCACUAACCACACCUCCACCAUUGAUCCCAUCCCUGAAACUGCCUUUACAAGCACAUCCGCAAGGGGGCGACGUACCAACCUGGACUUCCAGCAGUACAGCUACAUUAGCCAGGUUUGCUAUCAUGAAGCGCUGCCCUGGUACUCGCGCUUCCUACCGUACGUCACGCUGCUCCAUACACUGGUUCUGCUGGCCAGCGGCUGCUUCUGGUUCCACUUCCCGCUCACUUCCGCUCGUAUCGAGCACUUCCUGUCACUUCUUGCCAAAUGUUGUGAAUCGCCAUGGACGACCAGGGCGCUGUCGCAUACCGCCAAACUGGACACUCGCUUCUCCGAGGCGGAGCCAGUGGUGCAACCUAAAGCUCAGGUAGCUUCAUCGUACAAAAUGCGCAAGUCGAGUUUGGACUCGGGAACGGACAGCCCUCUGCUGGCAGGAAUUGACACUGCAUCCACAACCACACAGCCGUCUCCAUGUCCCUCCACAGUGUCCCAUUGCUCAGCGUUCUCCACUCGCUCACUCACAGAGCCUGUCCAUGCGGUGCAAGUCAGUCCGGAUCGCUCCAGACCAGGCGCCACGCUGGACCGCAGUGACAGAGAGCAGGCCAGAGCGCUGUUCGAGAGAGUGCGCAGGUUUCGAGCUCACUGCGAGAGUUCAGAUGUCAUCUAUAAGGUGUACACGGCGCAGACGGUGUUCAAAGUGCUGAAGUUUGUGCUGAUCGUGAGCUACACCACUCCUCUGCUGAGCUGCAUCUCCUUCAGUCACGUCUGCCGGCCGCACUCGGACGCUCUGAUCGGCUACAGUGAGUUCCAGUGCAGUCACCCGCUGUCCUCUGUCCUGCGGCAGCUCAUGCAGGCCUACGUCUCGCUGCUCUUUCUGUUCGGCCUGCUGGCCAUCUACGCACUCUUCUGGAUCUUACACAAGUCUUUAAGGCAGUACUCGUUCCAGACUCUCCGUGAGAAAGGCUCAAUGCUGGACGCUCCAGACCUCCACAAUGACCUGGCGUUCCUCCUUCACAUGGCGGAUCAGUACGACCCUCUGCUGGCACAGCGUCUGUCCGUGUUCCUGUCACCGGUCAGCGAGACGCGGCUGCUGCAGGAGAGCGUGGAGCGAUGCUGGGGAGCCGAACGCCUGCGUGCCAUCACCUCUUCUGACCAGCAGGGGCGCUCUGUCCUGCAGCUGGUGGCUCUCCCUCACCUGCCGCCCGCGCUCUUCUCCUUCAGCACGCUGCAGGUGCUCAAGCUGGAGCUCAUAGCAGACGCCAAACUCACUGCACAGAUUACCAACAUGAGCGCGCUCAGAGAGCUUCACCUUUACCACUGCUCUGCAUCUGUGGAUCCUGGAGCGCUGCAGUUUCUUCAGGAGCAUCUAGAGGUCCUGCAUCUCACCUUCACCACUGCUUCAGAGAUCCCGGGCUGGGUUUACUCUCUGCGGGGCCUUCAGGAGCUCCAGCUGACGGGGCGGCUGGGCAGCGAGGGCGGGAUGGGGCGCGGAUGGACCCUCGGAAGUCUCCGACAGCUGCGGCACCUCCGCGUCCUGGUGCUGCGCGGGACACUGCAGAAAGUUCCAGCAGAACUAAGCGAACUGGCCGGGAGUCUGCUGAAACUCGAGAUCCAUAAUGAAGGCACCAGAUUACUGGUUCUUACAGGUCUGAGGCGUGUGCCAGGGCUGACGGAGCUGCAUCUGCAGGGCUGUCAGCUGGAGCGUCUACCAUCAGCUCUGCUGGCUCUCUCCGGCCUGCGCUCUCUGGAUCUCCAGCACAACAGCCUGCGUACGUUAGAGGAGCUGCUUGGUCUGCAGCAUCUGCGCCGCCUGUCCUGCCUCAGACUGGCCCACAAUCAGGUGCUGUCCCUGCCGGCGAGCGUGGGCGUGCUGCGGGCGCUGGAGCUGCUAGAUCUGGCCUAUAAUCAGCUGCAGACACUACCAUCUGCGCUCUUUACGCUGCACAGACUGCGGCGCCUCCUGCUGGCUGGGAAUCUGCUACAGGAUCUGCCGGCGGAUAUAGCAGCUUUAAGGCUUUUAAAUGAACUCGAUCUGAGCGCUAAUAAACUGGAGCGUCUUCCUGCAGAGCUGUUUGUUGGUUGUGUUGAACUGCGAGUGCUGAAUGUUGCGAGUAAUUCUCUGUGCUGUUUGCCGGCCGGUGUGUCCGCGUUGACGCUGCUGUCCCGGCUGGACGUCCGCGGGAAUAGUCUGGAGGUGCUGCCACUGGAGCUGGGCUGCUGUUCAGGACUGCGGGGCGGGGGUUUAUUGGUGGAGGGAUGGCUGAUGCACACACUGCCCCCACAGGUCAGGGACGCCCUGCUGUCUGAGGCUCCGUCGCGGCCCUCAUCUGAAUGCUUUCCCCGUUUUCCAUCCACGCAGUGGAGCUUUCACUCCGCUCUGGAGUCUCGAAUAUAGACGUCUGCUGCAAGACAAACUGACUUUGGGGACUCUUAUGGUACAUUCACACCAGAAGCAGAUGAAACACAAAGCACAACUGAUUUACAUGUAAAGUCAAUGCAAAGAUCUGAUCAGACAUCCUGUGGUACGAAUUGAGAGUUGUGGGCAUUUGACGCUUGAAUCGCUCAAGUUGGAAAAUCUGAACUUUAGCCAACAUUUGCGCCAUGUUAACCAAUCAGUAGCUUGCUCUAGUAGGGGCGUGAUUAUGACGUAGCACCUGUAGUUGGUGUCAUGAGAGUAAAUCCUCCUGCCAACAAUAGUUUCUGGAGUUGUUGAUGAACUCAAAGAACUGGGUGCACCUCUGAGAGGAUCUAGUGGACUCAGACACAGCGGCAAACAAAUCUACACUAUUUUCCAGCCUUCCUAACGCCCCAUUCAAGAGGUGUCAGCGUCAACGCUUCCCAUUCGCUUUAAAUGGGUGACAUCAGGCAUUGCCGAACUGCAUUGUAGAUCCGUCUGCGCCACUUUAGUGGCGUUGCUUGUUGCAGAAGUUGGGACUUUCUCAACUUUUCAAGCGCCAAUGGAAGCAUCAGCCAAUCAGAUUGCUGUAUGCAAAUACACCAGCUCAGACAGUGGCCUAUUGCUGACUAAUUUCACACGCUGCCCCCACAGGUCAGGGACAUCCUGCUGUCUGAGGCUCCGUAGCGGCCAGCUUCUGAAUGCUUUUCUUGCUUCCCGUCCGUGCAGUGGAGCUUACACUCCGCUCUGGAGUUUCGGAUAUAGCACUUCUGCUGUAAAACAAACUGACUUUGGGGGUUGCUAUGGUAUGCUCAAACCCCCCUACCCCAACCCCCCACCCCCUCACAGCAGAGGGUCGUACUUAAUAUAGAAUUUUUAUUGUUUAUAAAUAUUUGGUAAUAAUGGUCUAUUGAACUAAAUAUGAAUAUGUCCUUUAUGGCAUUUAUUAAUCACGAUUCACAAUUUACUAAUGCAAUAUUAAAACGUGUGCUUGUUAACAUCCGUUAAUGCAAUUUUGAGUUUACCAGAAUUAAAAGUGAAUGAC